UUUAACGUGGUUUCCGGUUUUCGGGGCGUAAAGAUGUCGCCUGCCCUGUUCAAUUUUGUCGAAGCUAAAGACAAGUUUACGGCGUCCAUCAAACAAGCACACACCGGGAAAAGCAGCAAACCAAUACUUAACUCCUUUAAUCAAAUCCCUGGAAAUGAGACAGAAAAGAAGACCACACUGGACCAAGCUUUUAGGGGAAGCCUUGGAGAGCAGAUUGUCGACCAGACGAGAAACUGUGACGACUAUCUGUCUCUCAUUUACACGAGUAUAGAUGUGGUUACUGAGGGGAUCUGCUCCGCUACGACUCCUUUCAUCCUGCUGGGAGACGUCCUGGACUGUCUUCCUCUUGAUCAGUGUGACAAGAUCUUCUCCUUCGUUGAGGAGAACGUCUCUACCUGGACAUCAAGCUCAUUCUACACUGCUGGCAAGAACUACUUGUUGAGGAUGUGUAAUGAUCUUUUACGGCGCCUGUCCAAGUCUCAGAAUACAGUAUUCUGUGGGAGAAUCCAGCUUUUUCUGGCUCGUCUCUUCCCUUUGUCUGAAAAAUCUGGUCUGAAUCUACAGAGCCAGUUCAACCUGGACAACAUAACCGUAUUCAACAAAAAUGAAGGCGAAAGCACUUUUGGGCAAAAACACACAGAAGAGAAGGAAGAUGGCAUGGAGGUCGAGGAAGGAGAAAUGGGCGAGGAUGAUGCACCAGCAUCGUGUUCAAUUCCCAUCGACUACAACUUGUACAGAAAGUUCUGGACACUGCAGGACUACUUCAGGAACCCAGUGCAGUGCUACGACAAAGUCUCCUGGAUGACCUUUCUCAAGUACUCGGAUGAGACCUUGGCGGUGUUCAAGAGCUUCAAGCUGGAUGACAUGCAGGCGUCUAAGAGGAAGCUGGAGGAGCUUCGAGCAUCCAGUGGAGAACAUGUCUACUUUGCUAAGUUCCUCACCAGCGAGAAGCUGAUGGACUUGCAGCUGAGCGACAGUAACUUCAGACGUCACAUCCUGCUGCAGUACUUAAUCCUCUUCCAGUACCUCAAAGCCCAAGUCAAAUUCAAAAGCUCCAGCUGCAUGCUGAAUGACGAUCAGGCUGCAUGGAUUGAGGAAACCACUAAGCUGGUUUACCAGCUUCUCAGUGAGAUUCCUCCUGAUGGGGACAAGUUUGCCACCAUGGUGGAACACAUCCUCAACACGGAAGAGAACUGGAACGCUUGGAAAAAUGAAGGCUGUCCCAGCUUUGUGAAAGAUCGGCCGACAGAUGACAAACCCAAGAGGCCCACCCGGAAACGACCGGCUCCAGAAGACUUCCUCGGCAAAGGACCCGACAGAAAGAUCUUCAUGGGGAAUGAUGAGUUGACUCGUCUGUGGAACCUCAACUUGGACAACCUGGAUGCCUGCAGGUCGGAUAGCAGGGAGUUCAUGCCUUCACUGGAUGAAUUCUUUGCUGAGGCUAUCGAGCAGGCUGACCCUGUCAACAUGGUGGAGGAUGAGUACAAAGUUGUUCGUAAUCCAAAUUAUGGCUGGCGAGCGCUGAGGUUGUUGUCCAGAAGAAGUCCUCACUUCUUUCAGCCCACCAACCAGAAGUUCAACAGCCUGGCUGACUAUUUGGACAGCAUGGUCAGCAAGCUGGCCAAGGAGCUGCCUAAGGACAUCCCCUCUGAGGAGAUUAAAACGGGUGAAGAUGAUGACGACGACAACGGAGACAAUCUGCUCAAAGACAGCAAUGACAGUCCAAGCAUGCCCAGCAAAAUUGUGAACAAUGGGCAAAUGGACGACAUUGCCUCCAAGAUGGGAGCUCGCUGGAAGACGCUAGCAUCUCACUUGGACAUGAGUGCGGCUGAGCUGCGUGAGAUUGAGGCAGAAAGUGACGAUGUAGACAUUCAGGCCAAACUGCUGUUGGUCACCUGGCAGGACCGUGAAGGGGCCCAGGCUACAGUGGAAAACCUGGUGGCAGCCCUCAAUGCUGCUGGCUUUUCCAAGAUGGCUGACAGCCUCAGUGAGGCCUGAAGAAAACUGUUUUUUUUUUUAUGUGUGUUAAGACCAAAACCUGUUUUUUGUAGGGCAUGAGAUGUGGAAAAAGUGUAGAAAGGUUUUAGUUUCCAAGCUGACAUUAAAGAAAGUUUUGCUACACA